UCGUAAGUUGAAACGUUCACUGCACAAAGAUGGAUGCGUUGCGCACGAUGACAAUAUGUUCUACUAUAUGGAUUUUAUUUAUUUUCAGGUCCGGAAUAGAAUCUGUACGAAUCAACAGUCCGAGUGCAGUGUUUCAUUUUGUACGAGAAAGAUAUUUCCCAAAACAGGACGGUAGCACAGCAGGAAUAUCAAGAACUGGACUACUGAACAAAGGAGAAAAUAAACUGUCGGAUCAUAACAAUGUGUCACGGGUAAUCAAGAAAUCCCGAAGACAUGCUGACGGGACAGUGGCUUUUUAUGUCACUCUAUCCACUGAUAUCGCCGGUCUUGGAGAUUAUGAAGAGAUCCCAUUUGAUCAAGUUAUUCUAAACGAAGGUGAAGCGUUUGAUCCAGUGUUCCAUAGGUUUGUUUGCCCUAAGAGUGGAGUUUACAUGUUUCGGUCUGCUUUAAUGAGUGAAGCAAACAGCCAUACUGAAACGGAAGUUGUUAAAGACGGUACCCCUGUUUUCCGCAUGUAUUCGUCUGGUAUUAAGACUAGCUAUCAUUAUGACCAAGGCUUCAACACAGGCAUCAUAAAUUGCGAAAAAAAUCAGAGGGUAUGGGUUAGAGUGAAUGGCAAUCUGGGUACGUCUGUGAGGUACUUAUUUACAACGUUCUCUGGCUAUCUCCUUUGGGAAACUGGGGCGUCCCCGACUGAAGUGAAUACUAGCGAAAACAUUACGAACGUGGCCUUUCAUUCUUACUUGGGAGAGACGAUCAACGACCUUCGAGUUAAACAAACUAUUCCGUUUGACAAAGUGCUUUUGAACGAAGGCAAAGGUUACCAAAGUAAUACCUUUACUUGUCCUGUGGAUGGAAUAUACAUGUUUCAGUCUUCUGUACUGUCUAACUUUGAAGCUAUUGAGACUGAAAUAGUGAAAGAUGGGGAACAGUUUGUCCGUAUGUAUGCAGCUGCAGACGGACAGUCCAACGACCAACAUGACCAAGGCUUCAAUGCUGGAAUUAUACAUUGCAGCAAGGGUCAGAAUGUCUGGGUGCAAGUAAGUCGAGGAAAAUCCGUCAUGCAGUAUGAAUUCACAACCUUUUCUGGAUAUCUUAUGUGGCCAGUAGAGGAAGGCUUAACUACACCAGAAUUAGCAGAAAGAACGCUUGACACUGACCCUACCCAAAUUGCAUUCAAUGCCUAUCUAUCUACUGAUGUGGGUAGAAUCGGACAAAAAGUAGCUGUGCCAUUCGACAGGGCGUCUUUAAACGAAGGAAAUGGAUUUGACAUUGGGUCACAUACAUUUACUUGUCCUGUUCAUGGGAUUUAUGUUUUUCAGUCAGCUUUGAUGGUCAACUCUAGUCAAAGGGAAACUGAUAUUGUUAAGAAUGGCAAUUUAGUCGGUCCUAUAUAUGCUGGAGUUAAUAACCAGAUGGGAAGCAGCCACUUUGAUCAGGGGUUUAAUUCAGUAAUCGUAGACUGCAAACGUUCCGACAGGGUAUUGGUAAGGGUUGGCAGUCUUUCAGGUACAGCGAUAAAUUAUCACAACACGACAACCUUUUCCGGCUUUCUUCUUUGGUAAAAACAGAACAAAAGUUAGAAGUAGAUGGAACUGAAGGUAUAUCAGCAUAACAAACUUAUCGAUGUUUUGACUUGUUCUUAGAACAGAUAAAAAAAGAUUCCAUGAAUAUAUUG